CUCCCGCCGUGGGUUCCAGACUUCCGGUUCCGCCCCGACCCUGGGACCGCGGGUGAUGGCGGCAGCCGAGAAAUUGUCAAAAGGGGGCGUUGAAGAAGCCGUGGAGGAAGAGGAUCCGGGGGCUCUGCAGCCCGGGGCCGCCCCUUUCGGAAAUUUCCCUCAUUAUUCCCGCUUCCACCCUCCAGAGCAAAGGCUCCGCCUUCUGCCCCCGGAGCUUCUGCGACAGCUCUUCCCUCCCGAGGGUCCCGAGAGGAGGCCGAUCCUGGGGCUCGACGUGGGGUGUAACUCCGGGGAUCUGAGUGUGGCUUUGUACAAACAUUUCCUUUCCCCACACGAUGGGGAGACAUCCGGCGCUUCCAGAGAACUCCGCCUCCUCUGCUGUGAUAUAGAUCCAGUCCUUGUGGAGCGGGCUGAGAAAGACUGUCCCUUUCCUGAUGCUUUGACCUUUAUCACCCUGGACAUCAUGGAUCGAGAGAACAGGAAGCUUCCCUUGAGUUCUUUCUUAAGCCAGUUUGAGCGUUCCAUUUUUGACAUCGUCUUCUGCAUGUCAGUAACCAUGUGGAUUCAUCUGAACCAUGGGGACCGUGGUUUGCACGAGUUCCUGGCCCACGUCUCCUCUCUCUGCAGCUACCUCCUCGUCGAGCCACAGCCCUGGAAGUGUUACCGGGCAGCUGCAAGACGCCUACGCAAGCUGGGACUCCACAAUUUUGAUCACUUCCGCUCCCUGGCCAUCCGAGGUGAUAUGGCCAGCCAGAUCGUGCGCAUCUUGACGCAGGACCACGGGAUGGAGUUAGCCUGCUGUUUUGGCAACACCAGUUGGGACCGAAGUCUUCUACUCUUCAGAGCAAAGCACACCCACGAGACUCAGGCAAUCCCCGAAUCGUCGACAAAAGAGACACGGACAAAUUUAAGAUUCUGAAGACAAUGGGACAGACCAGUAAGGGGAUACCGUGGAGCUUUUACACUGAGAAUCAUGUUUGCAUCCUGGAGACAUCGGGCAGCCUUGAGACCUGGCAGGAGCUUUUGGUAAAGUGUCUGAAGCAAGCAGCUGAAAGACACUGUGUCUGUGUUCCCGGUCGGUCGUUUGGAAUAGUCCCCGCUGGGAAUGAGUUCAAAGAGCAGUGAGCGAGGCAGCUGGAUGGAGAUCGUGUUCCCGAAGAGUGAAACUUCUUUUUUGAAAGUUGUUUUGUUUGCUGAGGAUCUUUAGGUGUGUUCAGCAGCACGCCUAUCACCGAACCUUACCUCCAGUUCUGAGGGUUAUGUAUUAAAAAAGAAAGAAAGAAAAAAAAGACUGUGUCGUUUCUUUGAGCUCCUUAAAAUCUGAUCUGGUUUCUUCAGGCAUUUUCUGGACAUACUGGACCUGCCUUGUGGCAGAGCCUCACAACGAAUGUGCGUGACGACGAGAUGCUGGCCCGGCUACAGGAAGUGGCCAGUCGGAGGAUACCUAGAGCCGGAGGAGCCUUGGCACAGUACUUGCAGAUACUAGAAAGAUGUGCCAAGUGGCAUGUAAAACCCACUUAGACGCUGCGUGUAGUGGUGGAUGCCUGUCAUUCAGGCACUUGGCGGGCCGGGGCAGGAGGAUCAGGAGUUCAAGGACAGCUUUGGCUAUAUAGUUUGAGGCCAGCCUGGGCUAUAUGAGCCCCUGUCCUUUUUUUA